CUUGCGAUCACAGACGCACACACACACUCGAUAUUCCUCCUGCAUUUUCGGAAUCUCUCUCCAUAACUCGUAAACCGAGCAGAAACAGAAACGAAGAUGCAGAGAUUCGUAGUGAGAAGGAUAUUAUCGGAAACGAAUUCAACAAAUUCUCAGCGGUGCAACCGGUGCUUCUUCUCUCAGCUAGUGCAGAAGCAGGAGACGCCUCUAAAUGACAAUGAAGUUUUUCUUCCCAAAAUGCCCCCAUUCGAUUACUCUCCUCCUCCGUAUACCGGCCCUUCCGUCGAUGAGAUCUUGGCCAAGCGCAAGACCUAUCUCAGUCCUUCACUGUUCCACUUCUAUAACAAACCUCUAAACGUGGUGGAUGGAAAGAAGCAAUAUUUGUUCGAUGAAAACGGCCGUAGAUACUUAGAUGGUUUUGGAGGGAUUGCAACUGUGUGUUGCGGCCAUAGUCAUCCUGAUGUAGUCGACGCAGUGAUUAAUCAAAUCAAACGCAUACAGCACUCCACAGUCCUCUAUCUCAACCAUGUUAUCGCUGAUUUCGCAGAGGCCUUAGCCUCCAAAAUGCCUGGCAAUCUUAAGGUGGUCUUCUUCACAAAUUCAGGCACAGAAGCCAAUGAAUUAGCAAUAAUGAUGGCAAGAUUAUAUACAGGAUCUAAUGACAUAAUAUCACUAAGGAACGCAUAUCAUGGUAACGCAGCUGGAACUAUGGGAGCCACAGCCCAGUCCAACUGGAAAUUUAAUGUUGUUCAGACUGGAGUUCAUCAUGCCCUGAAUCCAGACCCAUACAGAGGUGCCUUUGGUUCAGAUGGUGAAAAGUAUGCAAAAGAUGUCCAAGAGCUUAUUGACUUUGGAACUAGUGGUCAUGUUGCUGGUUUUCUUUCUGAGGCUAUACAGGGAGUAGGUGGCAUAGUAGAGUUGGCACCAGGUUACUUGCCUGACGUUUAUAAAAGUAUUAGAAAAGCUGGAGGUCUUUGCAUUGCCGAUGAGGUUCAGGCUGGGUACGCUCGCACGGGGAGCCAUUUCUGGAGCUUUGAGGCCCAAGGUGUUGUUCCCGACAUAGUGACAAUGGCAAAGGGUAUUGGGAAUGGCAUUCCCCUAGGUGCUGUAGUAACCACUCCUGAGAUUGCAGAGGUCCUGACUCGCCGCAAUUAUUUUAAUACUUUUGGAGGCAAUCCUCUGUGUACAGCAGCAGGGCAUGCUGUUUUGAAAGUGAUUGAAAAAGAGAAGCUUCAGGAUAAUGCAUUUGUUGUUGGAUCCUAUAUGAAAGAAAGACUAAAUGCACUGAAGGAUAAGCAUGAGAUUAUUGGAGAUGUAAGGGGAAGAGGCUUUAUACUUGGAGUUGAACUUGUCACCGAUCGCCAACAAAAAACACCUGCGAAGGCUGAAACUCUACAUGUAAUGGACCAGAUGAAAGAACAUGGAGUACUGAUUGGGAAAGGAGGAUAUUACGGAAAUGUUUUCAGAAUAACACCUCCUCUCUGUUUCACCAAGGAAGAUGCUGAUUACCUGGUUGAUGUUAUGGACUACACCAUGUCAAAGGUUUGAAGCAGCCGCUGGUAUAUGAAGAACAGACGUAGAUAAAGAAGUCAGUCUGUUUGGUGGUUCGCAACGUAUUCAAUUAUCUAGAAUUGUACUAUUAUAU